UGAUUUCUGAAAUCUGCUUUACUCUAAAAAGAAAAAAUAUAAUGGUAUUAAAAAAGAGCAUUCAUUCAUUAUAAAGUGAAGCAAGCAAGCAAGGUUCAAAAGAAAACACAUUUAUAAGUUCCCAAGCAAGACCUGUUAAACACAUAUCGAUCCAAGUUCAACUUGAAAGAUGGGGGGUAAUAAGAGCGCACGAUCCGUCUGUCUUGUUUGUUUCCUAUGUUUUGCAGGAUGGACCGUCUUUGCUGUUCAAGGGAAACAGGUUCAACGACACCUUUUGGUCAACACCGCAGCAAAUUUACUUGCAACUCAUCAUGAUAUACCAAAUGAACACCACCACCACCACCACCACAACAUAGGAGAAAGCAACCAGAAGAUAGGAGGAGGACCUCAGCAGCUUUCAAGAGGCAGAAGAUCUAAACCCGCUAUUCCCAACCAGGGGAAUGCGAAUGGGAAUGGUACGACGUGGUGCAUAGCGAAGCCAUCAACAUCGCAAGAAAAGCUGGACGAUAUAAUAGAAUUCUGCUGCACACAAAAAGGAGUUGACUGUGGAGUGAUCCAGGCAGGUGGAAACUGUUAUCUUCCACCAAACAAGAUAUCUGAUGCAUCUGUUGUAAUGAACAUAUUCUACAAACUCAAUGGAAAACUAGGUUUCACCUGUGACUUUAAUCGAACCGGUCUCAUUGUUACUCAGGAUCCUUCUGUUGGCAACUGCAUUUACCCAGCCUGAAUAAACCUGUUAUGGAGGAGAUAGAUGGUUUAUUAAUAAAACAGCUCAGCUUAUUCGAUUAUGUCUAUCUUUUAGUAUAGAAAAUGGUGAAUUAAAAUCAUUCCAGUGUAUAUAUAGACAAUGG